AUGCUCUGUGCGGUCCGCUCGACUUACUUAUCGCCUGCUCUUCUGACCCGGGCUCGCAACCUUUUAGCUGAGCAUGCAGAUCUUUCUGACCAACUGGCGACUUCGUUUGACCCCAAAAUCGCGAAGCGCGUUGGUGAGCUAGGCCCAGUCGCGAAGGCCCUCGCAGAAUGGAACAAUGCCAACGAGUCAAUCUCAGAGCUCAAGUCCAUGUUAGAGGAUCCGGAUGCCGAAGCAGAACUAAGGUCUAUUGCCGCUGAAGAAUUGCAGACCACCGAAAAUACACUGACUACAUUAUCGGAUGACCUGAAACGCGCCCUCGUUCCUCGACACCCGUUCGCAGAUCUCCCAUGCUUACUAGAGAUACGGCCAGGCGCAGGCGGGGAUGAAGCUAGUAUCUUCUCUUUCGAGUUAUUGGAGAUGUAUGUCGCGUUUUGUGCCCACCGAGGGUUACGAUCUACAGUAAUAAAGCUGGAACGUGCAGACAAUCGAGCAGAUGCUUUGACCGAGGCUGUGUUGGAGGUUGAAGCAGAAGGGGCGUACGAUCUCCUAAGAACGGAGUCGGGUGUACACCGAGUCCAGAGGGUCCCAGCUACAGAGGCCAAGGGCCGCACCCAUACCAGUGCUGUUAGUGUGAUGGUCCUGCCCAGUUUCCCUGACACAAGUAGCGGAGACGGCGCAUUCAACUUUGACGACCCAAACAGCGACUAUUACAUAGAUCCGCAAGAAGUUCGCACUGAGAAGAUGCGAGCUAGCGGCGCCGGAGGUCAACAUGUAAACAAAACCGAAUCAGCCAUUCGCCUGACUCACGUGCCAACAGGCACUGUGGUCUCGAUGCAAGAUUCGCGGUCCCAGCAUGCAAACCGCAAAAAAGCGUGGCAGAUACUGCGCGCAAAGCUGGCCGAGGCUCGGCAGGACGCACGAGAGCAGGAGUUGGUCGAGCUACGAAGAGGAGCGAUGGGCGGUGUAGGACGAAUGGGCCGAGGGGACAAAGUCCGAACCUAUAAUUACGGCCAGAGUCGCUGCACAGAUCAUCGGAGUGGACUUACUGUCCAUAAUUUAGACAAUGUGCUGGAGGGAGGUGAGAUCUUGGUGAAGGUAAUGGACAGCGUGCGCUCCUGGCUUACUGAUCGUGAGAUACUGGCACUCGUUUUGGAGGCAAAUGAAAAGCAGAACUAG